CAGGGCCUGCCUCAUGUGAGCCCUAACUGGCGCUUCGCAAAAUGGGUGCUAAGUGCUUUAGUGUGUAAUGCGAUACUACGCAGGUGAGACACUGACAGGCUUAGAUUCCCUCUGGCAUGGAAUCUAUGGCCUAAACGUCUUGGCUAGUGGGUAGGUGAGGGGUACAGUAUCCCUACAGCAAUUCGAUGAUUGCAUUUCAUUGUUUCCUCCCUGAGAAAUUAUAUCAACCCUUUGUAUACAAGCCGGGUAUUUUGUGAAUUUUGAAUCUACCAUCGUCUUAAGUGGUAUGGUCCAGUCACAGGUGCAGGGUAAAAGGAAAGCAACUCUACAAUUCUCAUAUUGAUAAGAGACAGCUAUACAAACAUCCUACUUCCUCCUCGACAGGCACUCAUCCGCCGAAAUGAAACCCUCGGCAUCAAUCCCACUUCUCCUCUUGACCAUCAUAUCUUCAUCCUCAUUAAGUGUCAACUCCUAUCGAAUCUUCGAAUACCCGGAGGACCAAUAUAUCAUCCCACAGCUCGAUGUGCAUCGACUACUGAACGCCGGGAACAACAACUUCACUGAUAAUGUGAUGAAGGUCUGCUCCAAUGACCAGAAAUGCUUUGAUUUCGCAGCUUACCUCUAUACCCAGAGUGAGUUGCGCGAAGGGAAUUGUCCGGAUCCUUUAUCCUUGAUUAUACUUAUAUUCCUCUCGCAAUUUGAUCGGCUUGAGACCUCCAACAGACUCAAAUGCUGUGCCGAGCAUAGUAAAAAUCCAAUCCCCUGCUGCGAUGCUCAACACAUGCAGCAUAUCUGUGUCAUCUUUUUGUUCCUUGGGUUGAAAUACCGGUUAUAUGUUAUAUUGACCAACUCUGCACAUGUUAUGCCUCAACUAUGACAAGCUGGUAGACGUGGAGUCCAU